AUGACGCUAUUACAAGUGGACGAAGUUAAUGCUGUCCUCAGUGAUGCAAUCAAGUACAUAGAGUAUCUCGAGCAGCGCGUGAGGAAUUUGGAGGAAUUUCAAGCUGCGGAAGAGUCCACUGAGUCGCAAAUCAAUGCAGUUAAUAAUGACCCAAAUUUUCCGAAUAUUAAGGCACGAGUCUGUGAAAAGAAUGUUCUUCUGAAGAUUCAGUGCGAAAAGGGAGAGGGCAAUUUGGGAAAAAUACUUGGCGAGUUGGACAAGUUCGAUUUGGCCGUCGUGAACAUGGAGGUCACACCAUUCGGGAGUUCCGCAAUCGACAUCACCAUUACAGCCAAGAUGGAGAAACAGUUGAGGCUUUCCACCAGAGACCUGCUGAAAGCUCUUAAUUUAGUCCUCCAAAUAUAA